GGACUGCAGAAAGAAGUAAACAAAGACUUAUUUUUUUAAAGAAAAUUCCUUAAACAAAGCAAAGAACAAGUAAACAAUACCCCUAUAAAAUCGAGGUUUGAGUAGCGAUAAGAGCCACAUGGAAGGUUUUGAUGCUAUUUAUUAUGAAGAGGAAGAAAUUAAUCCCGAGGAUAAUGAACCUGGAGAUAUAUCUUUGGUGCCAGACCCAGUUGUUAUAAGAGGGGCUGGAAAUAUGACAGUGUUUGGCUUGAGUAACAAAUUCACCACAGAAUUUCCCAGUGGAUUAGUAUCUAGAGUAGCACCAGAAGAAUAUAAAGAGACUGUAAUGCGAAUAAAUGCCAUUCUUAAGAAAACCUUGCCGGUUAAUGUAAAGUGGUUGUUCUGCGGUUGCCUAUGCUGCUGCUGUACACUGGGAUGUUCACUAUGGCCAGUUAUAUGUUUAAGUAAAAGAACUCAGCAUUCCCUGAAUAAGCUUUUGGAGUGGGAAAACAGUUACUUAUACAACAAGUUGGGUUUACAUUGGCGGUUAAGUAAACAACAGUGUGACUCUUCAUCAAUGAUGGAGUAUGUGAUUCUUAUAGAAUUUCUACCAAAAAUUCCUAUAUAUAGACCUGACUAGCAUCUACUAUGAGAUUGUAUAAUUAUUUUGUAAGUUCCUCAUAAUUAAUUAAACAAAUAAGUGGAAUUUUAAAUUUAUUAGGUAAGCACAUAUGAAUCUUCC